AUGGUGUCUUGCUUUUCUCUCCUCUGCAGCAUGGACAAGGACAGCCAGGAUGUUCACCAGGUGCUGAAUGAGCUCAAGACCAAGUUCCAGGAGAUGAGGAAGCUGAUCAGCUCCAUGCCCGGCAUCAGUGUGAGCCCUGAGCAGCAGCAGCAGCAGCUGCAGAACCUGCGCGAGCAGGUCCGGACCAAAAACGAACUGCUGCAGAAGUACAAGAGCCUCUGCAUGUUUGAAAUCCCCAAGGAGUAG